AUGGCUCCCGAUGGACACGUCUUCCAGGUCGAAUAUGCCGGCGAGGCCGUCAAGAGAGGAACGUGUGCGGUUGGAGUCAAGGGCAAGGAUGUUGUCGUUCUAGGAUGCGAGAAGAGAUCUGCGAUGAAGCUACAAGACACGAGAAUUACACCCUCCAAGAUUGGUCUGGUCGAUACCCACGUCUGCCUGGCGUUUGCAGGUCUGAACGCCGAUGCCCGAAUUCUCGUCGACAAGGCCAGAUUAGAGGCACAAUCCCAUCGUCUUACAGUAGAGGACCCAGUGACGAUCGAGUACAUCACCAAGUAUGUGGCCAGUGUUCAGCAGCGGUAUACUCAGAGCGGUGGUGUCCGGCCCUUUGGCAUCAGCACCCUGAUCGUUGGAUUCGACAAAGGCAGUGAUGUGCCGAGACUCUACCAGACAGAACCAUCUGGUAUCUACUCUGCAUGGAAAGCGAACGCGAUCGGUCGCUCAAGCAAGACUGUCCGAGAGUUCCUAGAGCGCAACUUCAAGGAGGAAAUGGAUCGCGAACAGACUAUCCGACUUGCUAUCAAAUCUCUUCUGGAGGUUGUACAAACUGGAGCGAAGAACAUCGAGAUUGCCAUCAUGGCGCCUGGCAAGCUUAUCGAGAUGCUACCCGUGGAGGAUAUCGAGACCUACGUCAAGAACAUUGAGCAGGAGAAGCAAGAGGAGGCUGCUAAGAAGAAGACCGGUAGAACACCCGGUACUGGAAGCGCUGCCAUUCUCACGAGAGGGCAAGGGGAGACCGAGGAGUAG